UCAGCGAAGGGCGGGCCCCAGAGGCCGGUGUUUGCAUCGCCUGGUACUGAGUGCUGGUGUGGCGGUUCCGGGCGGCGGAGGAGCGCGAAGUGCGCGGGCGUCUCGGUGGUCAUGCGGACCGCGGGGUGUUCCCCGAGCUGCUGAAGGCCUGGCCUCGACCCCUCGGCCUUCCUCCGGUCGCGGUGGGCCCUCAGAGUUGCAGGGUCGUCGCCAGCGUGGGCAAAAUCAUUUCUAGGCUUGAGAAAGCUUAUCCUGACAAUGAAGGGGAGCUCCUUGGUGCAACAGACUGUUAAAGAAGAGCGCUAGUCUUGUACACAUUGUAUUUAUUGCUUCAAAUAACUGGAUCAAGAAUGAACCCCUUGAACCCCUUCAGUGCGCAGCAGCCCAGUGCUUUUGCAGCGUCUUCCAGUACCACAGGAACAUUCCAGACCAAGUCACCUUUUCGAUUUGGCCAACCUUCUCUUUUUGGGCAAAGCAGCACAGCAGGGAAGAGCUCAGGAUUUUCACAGGUACCCAGCUUUGCAGCACCCUCUGGAGUAAGUCAUCCUUCCUCAGUGCCAACAUUUGGACUCAGCCAAACUUCAAGUGCUGGGCUUUUUUCUGGUCUUGAUCACACAUCUCCUUUUGUAGCUACCUCUGGGUCUUCAGGUUCAUCUGUGCCUGGAAACCCAGGAUUUAGUUUUAAAUCACCCACUAGCGUUGGGGUUUUCCCAAGUGGCUCUACUUUUGGAUCGGAAACUGGAGAAGUAUCGCAUUGUGGUUUUAGGAAGACAGAGUUCAAGUUUAAACCUCUGGAAAAUGCAGUGUUCAGACCAAUACUGGGGCCUGAGUCCGAGCCAGAGAAAACUCAGAGCCAAGUUGCUUCCGGAUUUUUCACAUUUUCGCAUCCAGUUAGUAGUGGACCUGGAGGUCUGAACCCUUUUUUUCCUCAGGUGACAAGUAGUUCAGCUUCCAGUUCAAAUUUUAUCUUUUCCAAACCAGUUAGUAGUAGUAAUUCAGCAUCGGCUUUUACUCCUGCUUUGUCUAACCAGAAUGUAGAGGAAGAGAAGAGAGGAACUAAAUCAGUAUUUGGAAGUUCAAAUAGUAGCUUCAGUACUUUCCCCAUAUCAUCUGGAUCUUUGGGGGAGCCCUUCUCAGGUGGCAAAACAGGUAUUCUCCAAGGCUGUGAAGAAGUCAGUUCCCAGGUGGAGCCACUUCCCAGCCUGAUGAAAGGAUUGAAAAGGAAAGAGGACCAGGAUCAUUCUCCAAGGAGACAUGGCCACGAAGCAGCAGAAGACUCGGACCCUCUGUCCAGGAGCGACCAUCCUCCAGAUAAACGACCAGUCCGCCUGAAUAGACCCCGGGGAGGUACUUUGUUCGGCCGGACAAUACAGGAUGUCUUCAAAAGCAAUAAAGAAGUAGGCCGCCUGGGUAGCAAGGACUCCAAAAAGGAAAGUGGCUUUGUAGAGUCUGGAGAAAGUGACCAUAUGGCCAUCCUAGGAGGGAGUCAGUCUGCCCUGGUACCUUCCCGGCUUCCAGGUGUGAAUAAAGAGGAAGAAACAGAAGGUAGAGAUAAAAAAGAAGAUUCUCUAAGGGGAAGACCUGUGCGACAAAGUAAACGAAGCGAAAGCACAGACAGUCUUGGGGGCUGGUCUCCUUUGGAAUUGACCGCAAUCCAAUGCAAGAACAUCCCUGACUAUCUCAAUGACAGAACCAUCUUGGAGAAACACUUUAGCAAAAUUGCUAAAGUACAGCGGAUCUUCACCAGGCGCAACAAAAAGCUUGCAGUGGUGCAUUUUUUUGAUCACGCAUCUGCAGCCCUGGCUAGGAAGAAGGGGAAAGGUUUGCAUAAGGACAUGACUAUCUUUUGGCACAAGAAGAAAAUAAGUCCCAAUAAGAAACCCUUUUCCCUGAAGGAGAAGAAGCCCGGUGAUAGUGAAGCCAGCCAAGGCUCCGAGGAUGCUCCUUUUCAACAUUCCCCUCUUGGCAAGCCCAUAGUGAGGCCUGCAGCUGGCAGCCUCCUGAACAAAAGCUCUCCAGUGAAGAAGCCAAGUCUUCUAAAGAUCCACCAGUUUGAGGGAGACCCUUUUGAUGAGGGUUCUGAGGGCUCUGAGGGCCUUGGGUCCUGUGUGUCAUCUAUAAGCACCCUGAUAGGGACUGUGGCUGAGACAUCUGAAGAGAAGUACCGACUGCUCGACCAGAGAGACCGAAUCAUGCGACAAGCUAGGGUGAAGAGGACUGAUCUGGACAAGGCGAGGGCAUUUGUUGGGACAUGCCCUGAUAUGUGUCCUGAGAAGGAGCGAUAUAUGCGGGAGACCCGGAGUCAGCUGAGUGUGUUUGAAGUGGUCCCCGGGACUGACCAGGUGGAUCAUGCAGCAGCCGUGAAGGAGUAUAGCCGGUCUUCUGCUGAUCAGGAAGAACCCCUGCCACAUGAGCUCAGGCCUUCAGCAGUCCUCAGCAGGACCAUGGACUACCUGGUGACCCAGAUCAUGGACCAAAAGGAAGGCAGCUUGAGGGAUUGGUAUGACUUCGUGUGGAACCGCACAAGAGGCAUCCGGAAGGACAUCACACAGCAGCACCUGUGUGACCCCCUGACGGUAUCCCUGAUUGAGAAGUGCACCAGAUUUCACAUCCAUUGUGCCCACUUCAUGUGUGAGGAGCCCAUGUCUUCCUUUGAUGCCAAGAUCAACAAUGAGAACAUGACCAAAUGUCUACAGAGUCUGAAGGAAAUGUACCAGGACCUGAGGAAUAAGGGUGUUUUCUGUGCUAAUGAAGCAGAGUUCCAGGGCUACAAUGUUCUGCUCAGUCUCAACAAAGGAGACAUUUUGAGAGAAGUGCAACAGUUCCACCCUGAUGUUAGAAACUCCCCUGAGGUGGACUUCGCUGUCCAGGCUUUUGCUGCAUUGAACAGUAAUAAUUUUGUGAGAUUUUUCAAACUGGUCCAGUCAGCUUCUUAUCUGAAUGCCUGCCUAUUACACUGUUACUUUAAUCAGAUCCGUAAGGAUGCCCUCCGGGCACUCAAUGUUGCAUACACUGUGAGCACACAAAGGUCUACUGUCUUCCCUCUGGAUGGUGUCGUACGUAUGCUGUUGUUCAGAGAUUGUGAAGAGGCCACAGACUUCCUCAAUUACCAUGGCCUCACUGUUGCUGAUGGCUGUGUUGAGUUGAAUCGGUCAGCAUUCCUGGAACCAGAGGGAUUAUGCAAGGCCAGGAAGUCAGUGUUUAUUGCCAGGAAGCUGACGGUGUCAGUUGGAGAAGUUGUGAAUGGAGGACCACUGCCUCCUGUCCCUCGCCACACCCCUGUGUGCAGCUUCAACUCCCAGAACAAGUACGUCGGGGAGAGCCUGGCUACAGAGUUGUCCAUCAGCACUCAGAGAUCUGGUGUGGACGUAGCAGGUGGUGGGAGAGAAGAGUGUGGGGCAGAGCUGGAUGUGCCACCAUUGACUCUUUCUCCACAGCCUCCUCCUACACUCUCAUCUGUACCAGUGCUUCACGUCCCACCACUGACCACAGCUGUAGCACCCACCCUCUUCCAGCCUUCCAUGCAGCCCGAGCUGCUACCUACAAAGUCUGUGCCUGUGUACUCUGAUGUGGACCUAAUGCAAGUGGUAGACGAGCUCAUACAGGAGGCUCUUCAAGCAGACUGUGAGGAAGUCAGCACUGCUGGGACAGCCUAUGUAGCCGCAGCUCUGUGUGUUUCUAAUGCUGCUGUGGAGGAUCUGAUAACAGCUGCAACCACAGGCAUUUUGAGACAGGUUGUAGCUGAAGAAGUAGCUAUGGAAAGACAGAGAAGAGAGGAGGAAAAGCGACGGGUUGAAGAGGAAAGGUUAAAGCAAGAGCUGGUAUUAACUCAGUUGAGCGAAGGCCUGGCUGCAGAGCUGACAGAACUCUUGGUGAAAGAGUGUGUGUGGGAAACCUGCUCCCAGGAGUUGAAGAGUGCAGUGGAGACAGACCAGAGGGUCCGUAUGACUCGUUGUUGUGAGGACAUCUGUGCUCAUCUGGUAGAUUUGUUUCUUGCUGAUGAAAUUUUCCAGAUUGCAAAAGAGACAAUCCAAGAACUUCAGUGCUUCUGCAAGUAUCUACAGCGGUGGAGGGAAGCUGUUGCAGCACGGAAGAAACUCCGGCGCCAGAUGCGGUCCUUCCCUGCAGCACCAUGCUGUGUGGACAUGAAUGAUCGACUCCGUGCAUUGGUGCCCAGUGCAAAGUGCCCCAUUGCUGAGGAAAACUUGGCCAAGGGCCUCCUGGACCUGGGCCAUGCAGGGAAAGUAGGCAUCUCCUGUACGAGGUUAAGGAGGCUCAGAAACAAGACAUCUCACCAGAUGAAGGUUCAGCACUUCCACCAGCUGCUACUGAGCAAUGCUGCAUGGGCACCUCUGGACCUUCCAUCCUUUGUGGCCGAGCACCUUCCUGUGAAGAACGACCGAAUAUUUUGGAAAUUGGUGCUGGUCUUGCCUGAUGAAGAAGAGCAGACUCGAGGGAGUCCUGGCAGAAUUCUAGCAAAUUGGCUAAAGGUCAAGUUUAGAGGAGACGAUAGCCUGGUGGGUGACACACACAGCAAUACUGGUGAGAUUCAGACUCUCACGGUUUUUAACUCACUGAGUAGCAAAGGGGAUCGAACAGUUUCCGUCAAUGUGUGUAUAAAGGUGGCCCAUGGCACCCUUAAUGAUGGUGCUCUUGAUGCUGUGGAGACACGGAAGGACCUUUUGGGAGCCAGUGGGCUCAUGUUGCUGCUUCCUCCCAAAAUGAAGAGUGAGGCUGUGGCAGAGGAAGAUUUGUACUGGCUGUCAGGUUCGCUGCAACUCAAGCAGCUACUUCAGGCCAAGCCCUUCCAGCCUGCACUUCCACUGGUGGUUCUUGUGCCCAGCUCCAGCGGGGAAGCCAUUGGGAAAGAAGCAGAGGAUGGUCUGAUGUUACAGGAUUUGGUUUCAGCUAAACUGAUUUCAAAUUUCAUUGUUAUUGAGAUCCCUGAUUCUAUUAAUGAUUUACAAGGCACAAUGAAGGUUUCUGGAGCAGUCAAAUGGCUAAUUUCCCGAUGCCCCCAAGUCCUAGACCUUUGCUGUCAGACCCUUAUUCAAUAUGUUGAGGAUGGGAUUGGCCGUGAGUUUAGUGACCAGUUUUUUCAUGACAGAAGAGAGAGGCGCCUGGGUGGCCUGGUCUCCCAGGAGCCCAGCACCAUUAUUGAGCUCUUUAAUAGUGUACUACAGUUCCUGGCCUCUGUGGUGUCCUCUGAGCAGCUGUGUGAUCUGUCUUGGCCUGUCACUGAGUUUGCUCAGGCAGGGGGCAGCCAGCUGCUUCCUCACCUACACUGGAACUCACCAGAGCAUCUGGCUUGGCUGAAGCAGGCUGUGCUUGGGUUCCAGCUUCCACAGAUGGACCUUCCGCCACCAGGGGCACCCUGGCUUCCCAUGUACUCCAUGGUCAUUCAGUAUGCCUCUCAGAUCCCCAGCUCAUGCCAUACCCAGCUGGUUCUCCAAUCCCAGAUAGAGAACCUAUUGUACAGAACAUACCAAAAGUGGAAGAGCAGGAGCUUCUCUCCAUGUCAGGGGGCAGGGCCUUCAGUUGCUGAGAUCCCAUGGGAUGACAUCAUCACUUUGUGCAUUAAUCACAAGCUGAGAGAUUGGACACCCCCCAAGCUCCCCAUCACAGCAGAGGCGCUGAGUGAAGAUGGUCAGAUAUGUGUAUAUUUUUUCAAAAGCCAUUUAAAAAAAUACGAUAUUCCUUUGUCAUGGCAACAAGCCAGAGUGCAGACACAGAGGGAACUGCAGCAGAGUCAAGGACGUUUGGGGAGAAAAUCUCUUCAUCCUUCUGCAAGCAGUUUUCCUGCUCCAUUGCUUCAUGUGCACCAUAAAGGGAAGAAAAAUGCAGAGCAUGGCCGAGAGAGAGGUCUCAGUGCAGAGGAUCUGAUUCGAGGAGCUUCUGCAGAAGAGCUCUUGGUGCAGUGUCUGUCCAGCAGUCUGCUGGUGGAGAAAGAAGAGAACAAAAGGUUUGAAGAUCAGCUUCAACAGUGGUUAUCUGAAGACUCACAAACAUUCACAGAGUCAACUUACCUUCCUCUCUACCUUCCUCAGACACUAGUAUCUUUUCCUGAUACUAUCAAAACUCAGACUAUUGUGAAAACAUCUACAACAGCUAGCCCUCAGAAUGCAAAGACAGGAAAACAAUUGCAGCUCUCAAAGGCAUCAGACGUGUCUCUAACUGAAAGACUGGAGCACCUAGAAAGACUGAUCCGGAGCUCAAGGGAAGAAGAAGUUGCCUCUGAACUCCAUCUUUCUGCACUGCUGGACAUGGUGGACAUUUGAGUAGCCUGACAUAAGAAGUGUUUUUCUCUUCAGAAUGAGUUCUGAUUUUAUUCAAAUUAUGUUGUUCUCAGAUGCUUGAUGCAUGUUGGAAAUGUGAUUAUUAAUUAUGUAAAUAACCCAGCAGCCUCACAGCUCCGAACUCGCAGUGAGCAGCGAGCAGAGCCGGUCCUCCUGGUCCACCCUUUGAGGGAUCAUCGUGGUUGGAUCGCUCGAGGGUUAGAGCCCGACUGCUGAAGCAGCACCUGAGAAGUUUGGGCCCUGAAGUUUUUGUUCCAGAAACUUAUAUAGACAAGAAAGAUGUUGUACAAGGCACCCAAAAGCAGACAAAAUGGGAGAUUGCUAGUGUGAUCCAAAGGAAAAUUCAGUGAUUGAAUCAAAUAAAGCAGUGGCACAGUAAAAAAGAAAAAAAAAAUAUGCAAAUAAACCAUUUGAAUCAUACCGAGA